CUAUUAUGUGUUGAGCUUUUGUUGGUUCCUAAAUGUUGCUGUUCUGCUAUUUUGCAGCACCAUUUGGCACAGGCUCCAUGAGUAUGCCAGCUGGAUUUGGGAAUACUGCAGCCUUCAACCUCCCCACCAGCUUUAGUGGAACGUUCCAGCAACCCUUUCCUGGUCAGGCUCCCUUCCCUCAGCCUCCCGCCUAUCCCCAGCAACCCAACGGUGUGUGUCAUGUAGACAAUAAUGGCUAUGGUGGAGGAUUUCCAGCCUUCGGCCAGGCCAAGUCUGUUGCAACUCCUUUUGGGCAGGCAAUGGCAGGACCUAUGGUCUCUAGCAACCCUUUUCUGGGUGCGGGUCCACAAACCCCUUCUUAUAGCGGUCCAUCAUGUCAGCUGCACUACAGGUUUGUCAUAAAUGGAACAAUAUGCGACACAGUCGUGCUGACACUGUCGAAGGCUACAAAACAGUGA